AUGCGAGUCUUUGUUUACACGAAAUAUCGAGAUAGCAGUGUUGCAACACUGCAAACGUCCAGCAUGGCCACGAAACAGAACCCGUACAUUUCAGCUAGCUCAAAGUCUAAAUUGAGCAACUUUCAAUAUGUUCCUAGCAACAAUGAUGCCGUUCCGAAGAAAAGCUCGCCCAAGAAGACCACUCAAGCUACCGCAAACGCCGACAAGGAAAACCAAAGGUCAUGGAUGAAUGGUGUAAUGGAGCCACCCAAGUCUCCGGCAAAGUCUCCGAGCAAGAACCUGCCUUUGUCACAACCGAAGGAGACAAAGCCAUUGAGUGAAUGCCCUAAAACGCCGGCCAACAGGAUUCCUCUAGCCGACCUGAUAAGCAAUGCGGAAGAUGCGAUGGUUAUGCCUUCGGGCCAAGAAUUGACGCCCGACGAUUAUGUCUCCUGGCAACCGGCUCCUCCUCAUAGUUCUGGUACACGACGAGGAACAAGUAGUCGAAGGAAAAAGCGUCGGCAUAGCUCGUCUCCUACUAGUUCUCCGCUCAAAGAUGGUACUUCGAAAAAGCCGAAGGGAUCGUUUGACAUGAAGAACUUUCAAGGUCUUCUGAAAACACCUCAGACCGAUAUGGCGACCGACCUAUGGAACAAAUACAUUGGAAAGAGCAAGCUGGAGGGGACACUGGAAAUACCAACGAAAUUCACGAACCUAUCCUCAUCACCUCGAACCCCCGUGUCGCAGAAAACAGGACGGGACUCUUCAGCAUUGCGCAGGUCUAUCAGUUGCAAUGUUGACUGGCCUUCAUCUAAAACCAAACGACAGAGAGUUGAAGGCGUUGAUGGUGCUCGCACAGCGCGGGAUAUCUUCUCUCGGUCAAGAAGCAAUGUUUUGGACUCUGGAAGUUCGACGAAAUUAAGCUUUCUUUUGAAUAAAAUUCAAGACACGUUAGCAAGCGCGAAACCGAAUCCCAAUAUAAUGCCGCCUUCAUCCCCACCACCUCCUCUUCACGAUUAUGUACAGGAAGAUCUUUCGCCGUCGCCAUCUAAGAAACAGCAUCCGAAGCCUUCUAACCGGCACCACAUUCCAGAGGUUACUAUGGAAGGAAGGAAUCUUGGGGAUCGACUACAAGACAUUCACAAACCUCAUAACUUUAAAUCAUCCUCUUCAGACUUUGGUGAUGAUGAUUUGGAUGAUGAUCUAUUGGCUUUAGUGGACUCGUCGACACAACCAAUUAUGCAUUCCAUCCACGAAGACAAUACGGCACUCAACAAUCACGCUCCACAGCAAUUGUUAGGUUUAGCACAAAAUGAUCUGAAUAGAGAGCCGAAAUACGAACAGCCACCUCUAAAAGACGAUGAUGACGAAUUUGAUGACGAUGUUGAAUUCGGAGAAGGCAUGGAAGAAUUACUCACACAGUAUGAGAAACAAACGCCUGCAAUACAGAAACAAACAUUAUCACAACCUAGUCGAGACUUAAGUUAUGAACAGCCUAUGAUGGGAGUCCAGCCGAAUACAGUCACGCGAAAUGCCGGCAUUUCAGUUGAAAAUUCUCUUUCAGAUGAUGAAUUUGACGAUAACGAUCUGGACCUUGACAAUGUUCUUCAAGAGUUGGAACAUCAAUCAGAAAAACCUAGAGCCCAACAAGCUAUCAAACGCUAUCUCAUCGUACAAAUCGCGGAAAGCACGUAUGAUACUCUGAAAGGAUUCAAACAACCAGAACAGGUGCUUUCCGUGACGGACGAGAAAACACAUACUCGCAAAGUCAUCAUCCUACGGGAAUCAUGGUUCGACAGUCCCUGCACGAAAAACUCUUACAUCCACUUGAUCGGCGAUUACGAUCACAGAGGCCAAUGCAUAGUGGACAACGCCCACAACAUGAUCAUCCUUCAUCCAGACCACCUCAUCUCAGCUACUGUCGUCGCUGACGCCAUCACUUGCCAGAGGCGUGCUGUCUUGCAGGACCGGAUCAAGGCUACCUCUGAUAUCAACAAGCCGCAGGUAUACGGCCAUAUUCUCCACGAAGUAUUUCAAGAAGCUAUGAAAGUCAAUCAAUGGGAUCUGCAGUCAAUGAGAACUUUAGUCGAACGAAUUCUUGUUCAAUAUGUGGAAAGUUUGUAUGCGAUUCACGUCAGUAUGAUCGAAGCUGUGGAAUAUGUGAUGAGCAAAGUGCCUGAGUUGAAGGCCUGGGCAGAUGUUUUUCUUCUUCCAAAGCCAAACGCAGAGUGUAUGGUUGAAGACCGCAACGGAUCUAAAGCCAAUCUCAGCAUCAACAAAUUGCUUGAGGUCGAGGAGCACGUCUGGUCUCCAAUGUACGGGCUUAAAGGCAAUGUUGACGCGACUGUGCAAGUAGUCUAUAACGAUGGUGGCGACCAAAAGACAUUGACCAUUCCUCUGGAAAUGAAAACAGGCAAAAAGGAUACGAGCCAUAGUCACCGAGCACAGACUUCAUUGUAUACACUUCUGCUCUCUGACCGUUACGAUAUUGAAGUUACCUUUGGAUUGUUAUAUUACCUAGAGAUGAAGAAAAUGUUCCGAAUCAGGGGCAUUCGCCAUGAACUCUUGCAAAUGAUCCAAGAGCGAAAUCGGCUGGCCGGUUUUAUUCGUGAGAAGAUGGAAUUACCGCCAAUGAUCCAACGAAAACAUCUCUGCAACCAGUGCUAUUCGAAGACAGCUUGCUUUGUCUACCAUAAACUAGUCGAUGAUGGAAAUGGCGAAACUAGUGGGUUAGGCCCUAAAUUCGACGAAGUGGUUGGCCACCUAGAUUCGCGCCAUGCGGAGUUCUUCAAGAAAUGGGACAAGCUUUUGACUCUGGAAGAAAAAGAUAUGAUGAAAUUCAGACGCGAGUUAUGGACAAUGACGAGCACAGAGAGGGAACCUCUAGGUCGUUGCUUCAGCGGUGUGGUGAUUGAGCCUGGCUCUGCCUAUGAGGAUCCGAGUGGUUCGAAGAUCAAUCGCUUUAGGUACACCUUUGUCAAGUCAAAAGCGUCGCCUGGAUUUUCUUUUACAGAGUCUCAGAUUACACUGGGCGAACCGAUCGUCAUAUCAGAUGAGAAAGGACACUUUGCCUUGGCCAAUGGCUACGUUGGCCGUGUGAGUCCAAAGAGGAUAUCGGUGGCAGUUGACCGUAGACUUCACGAUGCACGAGUCAGAAGUAAAGAAUUCGAUGCGGAUCGCAAUCAGAGCUUUAAGGGCAUAAUGGAAGUCGGCCAAAGCAGCAAUUCUGAAUAUCCAGAGGAACAAAUGGUGUACCGUCUCGACAAGGAUGAGUUCAGUAACGGUAUGGCCACGAUUCGGAAUAACCUCGUCAGUUUGAUGGAGGAUUUCUCCAUGUCCAUACCCUUACGGAAACUCAUCAUCGAAGGAAAAACACCUGAAUUCAAGAAACUCCCUUCGUCCGCAGAGGCAAUAUUCAGCUCGUCUCAAGCAAACCUGAACAUCGAUCAAAAGCAGGCAAUCGAUAAAGUUAUGAGUGCAAAGGACUAUGCCCUUAUCCUGGGUAUGCCGGGUACCGGGAAAACCACAACUAUUGCCCAUAUCAUCCGAGCCUUGGUCUCCCAAGGGAAGAGUGUCUUGUUGACAUCUUAUACUCACACUGCAGUCGACAAUAUCCUGCUCAAAAUCAAGAAUGACAACAUUCGAACCCUUCGUCUCGGGGCUGUUGCAAAGGUACAUCCAGAAGUACAGCAGUUUGUCGACUUGGCUGCCAUUCCCAAGAACACUAUUGAAGAGUUGCAAGAAUCUUACCAGGAGUCGAAAGUUGUGGCGACCACUUGUUUGGGUAUUAACCACCCUAUAUUUAACGAGCGUAUUUUUGACUAUUGCAUUGUUGAUGAGGCUUCUCAAAUCACACUGCCUGUUUGUCUGGGCCCGGUUCGUAUGGCGAAAACUUUUAUUCUCGUGGGUGAUCAUUAUCAGUUACCACCGCUUGUUCAGAACAAGGCGGCGCAGGAAGGUGGUCUUGAUGUGAGCUUAUUCAAGCUCUUGUGUGAUGCCCAACCGUCAUCCGUCACUAAUCUUGAGCACCAAUAUCGCAUGUGUGAAGAGAUCAUGCUACUAUCUAACACACUCAUAUACUCCGGAAGACUGAAAUGCGGUAAUGCAGAGGUCGCUUCACGAUCCGUUAAACUACCGAAGCUUCACGACAGUAUCAAGAACCAUCACGCCACUUCACUAGCAGAAAUAACAUCAGGCCGCUGCCCCGGUCCAACUCGAGCUCGCUGCUGGCUCAACGACCUCCUCAACCCCUCCGCAAAGACCCUUCUCGUCAACACCGACACCCUCUCCGGCCGCGCCCCAGAAACCCUUGUCGGCUCCCGACUCACAAACACCAGCGAAGCAACCCUCUGCGUCCAACUCGUCCAAUCGCUCAUCUCAUCAGGCAUAUCCCCUCGCGAAAUCGGUGUAAUAACAUUCUACCGCAGCCAACUCGCUCUCCUCCGGCAAUCACUCCGCCAGUACUCCAAUGAGCUCGAGAUGCAUACCACAGACAAAUUCCAGGGGCGGGACAAGGAAAUCGUGAUUUUGAGCUGUGUGCGCAGCAACAACGAUAAACAGGUCGGUGAGCUGUUACGGGACUGGCGCCGAAUCAACGUUGCGUUUACGCGAGCGCGCACAAAGUUGUUGGUGAUUGGAAGUAAAUCCACUCUCAGGGAUGGGAAUGAGUUACUACAAAAGUAUGUCGAGCUUAUGGAUUCGAAGCAGUGGGUAUAUGAUUUGCCUCAAAAUGCGUUGCAGGAUCAUGUAUUUGAAUCACUUGAGGAUGGCGCUGGGAUGUUUUCGCCCACGCAGCGGAGAAAUAUCCAGUAUAACAACAACAUCAAAACCUCACCAUCACCUAUCAAUAGAUCCGUCAACAACAUUCGAAUGACGCCAGACAAGAAGCUGAAACGGAAAUACAACGCUGGGCCAGGAUCGCCGACUGGUCCAGGGGUAAUAAGUCCAUUAAGUCCUACCGCUCAACAACACAAGAUCGUCAAACGAGAGAAGAAGAUGAAGACGCCUGAGAAAAGGGGGAACAAAAUCCCAAGUUUGGAGAAGUUUGUGCAUAAUAGACCUGUUUUGCAAGACUUGUUGAAUGAGUUUAAGGGGUGA